CUGGCCUCAUCUACUCUCCAUCUCCUCUGUCCCCUUCCGCAAUGGCGAUUCCAACCCUUGACUUCGCCAAGUUCCACAGCGGCUCGGACGCCGAGCGUCGCGAAUUCGCCUCUGCUCUCACGAAGGGAUUCAAGCGCUUCGGAUUUAUCAAGCUCAUCAAUCACGGCUUCACCCGGGAGGAAACCUCGCAUUUGUUCCAAUUGAACAAGGAUUUCUUUGAAUUGCCUGAUUCAUACAAAGACCCCAUCCAGAACAAAGAAGGUCCCAAACCGCAACGAGGAUGGAGUCGCGUUGGAGCCGAAAAGACGGGCCUCCUGAACCCCGGCGGGAAGACAAAUCUCUCGAAGAAGGACCAGCACGACCUGCAAGAUGCCAAGGAACACUUCGACACCGGCCCAGCAGAGGACCAGGAAUACCCGAACCAGUGGCCGGAUGACGAGCGGCUUCCCGGGUUUCGACCUUGGCUGGAGUCGUACUUUGACCGCAGCCAGGCGAUCACGCUGGAGCUGAUGGAGGCGUUGGAGCUGGGGCUGGGGAUCCGACGGGGCGCGUUUGUAGAGCGAUGCCAGGGCCACGCCAGCGAGCUGCGCCUGAAUCACUAUCCGGCCAUCGCGCGGCGCACGCUUGAGGCGGGCAAAACAAGCCGCAUCUGGCCGCACACCGACUUCGGCAUCAUCACGCUGCUGGCCCAGGACGACCGCGGCGGCCUCGAGAUCCAGAACGAGGCGAACUCGGCCGAGUUUGUGCCGGUGCCGCGCGAGGAUCCCACCGAGUUCGUCGUCAACAUCGGCGACACCCUCGAGCGCUGGACCAACGGCGUCCUCCAUGCUGGCUUGCACCAGGUCACCGCGCCGCGCGGCGAGAAGGCCUCCACCGGCAGCGACGAGACUAUUCUGCCCGCGCGAAGAUCCAUCGCAUUCUUUCUCAAGGCCCGCCGCGAUAUGUCCGUCGGUCCGUUGUUGCCCUUCGUCACCCCGGAGCGACCCUCCCAGUAUCAGGACAUGACGGCCCUGGCGUAUCAGCAGCUGCGGACGGGGAUUGUGUAUUAGAUUGGGACUAAG